CGCGGACCGAGCACGAGAUCAGCGGACUCAUGACGGGCGGGCUCAGUCACGUGGCGCCAUCUGUGCCGGUGUGCGAACCGCGAAGGCCGAGCGUCGGAUGCAGGAGCGGCAGGGAGAGGGCGACACUGUAGCCGACGGAGACAAGAGGCUGUCCGCGUCGGAGCAGAGAGAGCUGGAUGCAGAGAAGCGGGCGGCGUGGCGCCAAGCCAGGUUGAAAUCUCUGGAGAACGAUGCUAUCCAGGCACAAAUGAUUAUCUCCAAGGUUAAGUCAACAGAUGGCGCUGGAGAUGCUGAUGGUAACUGCAAGCCGAAUCCUGGUGUGACGGAGCGUAACAAUAGGCACGAGGGACAGGGCGACGCCAGGCAGGAAGACGACAUUCCCGCCCCUCCGUCGGCCGACGCGUCUGCGGCGGCGCCCCCUGGCGUGUCGUUCGUGGCGCGAGACGGCGACGUGCACACGAGCGAGCGCGUGCGCGUGCUCGACGAGAAGCGAAGCUGCCAGACGGAGGAGCACUACGACGAGGCGACGGGCGACUACACGAUACGCACCGUCGAGUACAUAGAGAAGGUCGUCGAGAGAGAGAUUGAGACGAGGAAGGAGCAGAUCGUAGAGAUCAACGUGAACAAAGGCAAGGCAGCGGCCGCUGCCGCCGGAGCCAACGGCAAGCAGAGCUAGGGAUGCCGGGAAAACAGGAUAUGCUGCUGGGAUGCCGGGAUGACAGGAUAUUCUGCUAGGAUGCUGGGAAGACAGGAUAUCUUGCUAUCCUCCUUGCCUAAUGCUUCCCCUGUAACUGGAAAUGCGAUUCCGGCAAAACGAUUUCGGGAUUCAAUUCCGGCAAGGGGGAGAGGAUUAAUCCAGAGAAGGCUCGAGGACCCCGAUUCGGAUACGACUUCCGGGAAAGAUCCUUCCGGGAGUUCGAUUACGGAAGUCCCCAGUACCUCAAUUCCAGGAGGAACCUGUAACCGAUUACGGGAUGGAACCGGGGAUGGAUUCCAGAAUGGAAGCACGCUCUUCCUCUUCGGGGGAAUCGCCGGCACUCCUAUGACAUCAUUCCGGAAAUCGUCCGGAAUCGCUCUCCGUGCGGUCACGCGCCGUGGAAGCCCGCAUUUGCUCCCUCCUCCGCGGCCUCGCUCGCUCGCGCCGCGUCCCUCCCGCCUCCGUUGCCGCGGCGACGCCGUCGCUGCCGCCGUUGGGGGAGUGGUCUGUGAGAGAGGGAGCCGCAGGUCUCCAGCCUACUACUACUACUACUAUCAAUACUAGUACUACUACUACUGCUACUACUACUUCUACUACUACUGUACAGUAUUUUCAGGAAUCGUUCGUGAAUGUUUUCGCCUCCUCUCCUCCGCUUUCUUCUCCUCUCCUUCUCCUGCCUCUUUCUUCUCUACUCUUUUCCCUCGUCCUCCUCUCUAC